GUAUCAGCGCAAGGGAGUAAAACCUCAUCAGAAGCAGAGUCCCGAAUUUUCUGGUUAGGUCUAAUUACCUGUCCUAUGAUCUGGGUGAUAUUUGCUUUCAGCGCUCUCUUUUCUUUCAAAGUGAAAUGGCUGGCAGUGGUUGUGAUGGGAGUGGUGCUUCAGGGGGCCAACCUUUAUGGUUACAUCAGGUGUAAAGUUGGCAGUAGAAAGAACUUGACAAGCAUGGCGACCAACUAUCUUGGGAAGCAGUUCUUGCGGCAGACUGUGGCUAAAGAGGACCAAACAGCAUCCUGA